AUGAUUGCGAAGACCAACUCCGAUGCGAUAGAACUACUGACCGGCGGCGCUCAGCACUGGGGAAGCAGGCGUGAAAUCCGAAGCAGCGAGGGUGAGGUUUUAAGCAAAGGAUGUCUCGCUCGAGCGCAUCGUCAAAUGCAGGAGAAUGGAAGAAAACAUUUAAUUGAAAGCCGACAACUGAGAAAGAAGGAACCUGCUGCUGUAAUGAUAGUGGAAGAAGUUCAGGAAAGAGAGGACCAGAUGGGACGUAGCAUUGCGCACUAUUGGGCCCCUACAGACUGCUUUCGUGCCGACAACCUCAAUGCUGUAUCGGCCUCUAUUUUGGAGAUGAUGGAACCUGCGGGGGAAUGCUGCAUUGAGUCUAAAAUCAGCCUCUCCCGCGCCUUCGAACAGGCGACCAUGAGAGGUGUGCGGGAGCCCAGUCACGCGUCGCACUCUGGCCGCACUCAAAUUAAAUAUCCCAGGCAUAUUUACGGCAAAUGGAGGUACGCCGAGUCUGUACGCGAAGACAAAUUUACCAAAUGCUGUCGCCUUUUCGAUGAAGCGCAAGAGGUGACAGCCAAAUCCAGCUCCCAUCUCAAACCCCUCCAGACAUGGGAAUCAGAACUACAUGACAAGUUCCUGUACGGUCUGAUCAUCCCUUGGGCAACUGGCCACUGUCAAAGUAACACGGCACGCCCGGAAUCUGAAGUUUUCGUUGGUGAAUAG